AUGGAUGGAUCUGCCAGUCCUGCCCAGCCCAAGCGAGCGUCGGUGCACCUGAGUGAUGGGGGGGUCAAGGGUGCCACCAACAUACUCGACACAAUUCUCAACGCCAUCCCCGCCAUUGACGAGGGUCUAGCCAUAGCCUUCCAAACGAAACUCUACUCCAGCAUCAUCGCACACGUUGAUGCCAUGAGCAGCGUGCAGCUGGUAGCGUAUCUAGCCACGUACGAGGGCAUGUUCCAACAUCUGUGUGAGGUGGCUAUGCGCAUGAGUGACUGUGUGGUCAACGGCACCUUCAACGGCCCCGCAACGGCUGUGUGGGGCUUACAGGUGCGCAUUCUGGUGGAUAUGGAGAGGCACGCGAGCCUGGACAUGGUCAAGACACUACAGAAGGUGCACCGCAGCCUCAACGUGUGUAUUGUGAGCGAGCUUAUGCAGACCAGCGUCACAUCAACCGCUCUGAGGGACGUGUUAGACGAUGUGUUGGAUAUACAGAACGUGGUGUUUCAACCUAGCAACACGGACGUUGAGUUCCUCGAGACCCUCACCAAGAUACUUCUGGACGUGCUCGAGAACACACGCGCGGCCGCACGUGACGGGGCGUUUAAUCUGUGGAAGCUCAUGUUCCUGCAGAAGGUUGAGGAGAUGCGGUCCAUCUGCACGGUGCUGGGUGAGCACAACGAAGUAGUGGACCUGUACGACCGUAUCUUUGAGUAUCUGAUGAGUAAUGCGUUGGAUCAAUUGAGCGCCUUCUUGGCCACACACCACAGCCACCGCACAGGUCUCACACGCAACUCGUCGGGCGGAUGGCUGCACUAUUCGAAGAAGGUGUGGGUGUGCAACGGGCGUUAG